AUCGAUGACUUCAAUCUAACAAUUCCAAAACCAAAGGCACUCAGCACUUUUCCACUCUCUAUCCAAAAACCAAAUGGAGAGGUUGAUAUGGCUCUUCCAUUUCCUCUUUCUUUUCUUCCAGUAUCAAUCUGCUUGUUCAUCCCCUCUCUCUUCAUCUCCUUCGUCGAAUCAUUUGUGUUCUCUCAAUGAGAGAUCUUCACUGCUGCAAUUUAAGCAAAUGUUUACCAUAGACUAUGCUUCCUCUUGGUGUGAUGUUCAUGAUUACCCGAAGACACUGUCUUGGAACGAGACUACUGAUUCCGAUUGUUGCUCAUGGGACGGGGUCACGUGCGAUGUGUCCACUGGUCACGUGACCGGGCUUGACCUCAGUUGUAGCCACCUCUAUGGCACCAUUCAUCCGAAUACCACUCUCUUCCAACUCUCACACCUCCAGCAACUCAAUCUCGCCUUCAAUCACUUCAACUUCUCCCCCUUUCCACCCUCUUUUAGCCGCUUCAUGAGCUUAUCCCAUCUCAACCUAUCCUCUUCCUUUCUGUCAGGCUCUAUCCCAUCAGAAAUCACCCACCUAUCCAAACUUGUUUCGCUAGAUCUCUCUUCUUCCAUUAUGUUACUAAGACUUGAACCGCACAAUUUCAAAACCCUGCUCAUGAACUUGACCCGCCUAGAAAACCUGAAGCUUACCGGAGUAAACAUUUCUUCGGGUCUACCCAAUUCCUUGAUGAAUUUGUCUUCUUUAGCAACUCUCGACCUUGCUGGGACCGGAGUCGAUGGAAAACUACUCGAUUCUACUGGCUAUCUUGGGUUUUUAAAUUACAUGGAUCUCUCUUACAACAAACUCUCUGGGCCUCUUCCCGAGUCGCUUGGAAACCUCACGAGGAUUACUCAUCUAGAUUUAUCGGGAAACGCUUUGAACGGUCAGGUCCCGUCUACUCUCUCAAAUCUUGAGCAACUGACCGAGUUGAGCAUUGCGGCCAACAAUCUCGAUGGUACAAUCCCCAAUUUUUUUUCUAAGCUUACAAAGUUGGAGUAUUUACGUCUCAACGAUAAUAAUUUCAAUGGCCCAUUUCCAUUUUCCGUGGCCAACCUAACGCAACUUGUUGAUUUAGACAUUUCGUCUAAUCCACUUACGGGGCCUAUUCCUAAUUACAACAUAAGUGGACUUCGAAACCUACAAAGCUUCGACUUAUUCAAUUGCUCUCUCAACGGAACACUACCGUCGUGGUUAUUUACUAUUCCCUCAUUGCAACUUUUAAGCCUUGGAUAUAACCAGUUGACUGGACAAAUUCAUGAAUUCCUAAGUGAUUCAAUCUCAGGUCUUGUGAGCAUUAACUUAAGCAACAAUAAACUGCAUGGUCCCAUUCCGCUGUCAAUCUCAGGUCUUGUGAACUUGCGUUUCCUCUACCUUUCGUCGAAUAAUCUGAGUGGUGUCAUGGAGCUACAGAAAUCCUCAAACCUUGAAAAACUUGAUCUUUCGGAAAAUAAUAUCUCAGCUGUGAGCAUUGGUAGUGGUAGUAAUGCCAAUGCUACCUUGCCCAAUCUUUUUUCGGUGUAUUUGUCCUCUUGCAAUAUAACCGAGUUCCCAGAAUUCUUAAAAAGCGCAGAGAACCUCGGAUCACUAGAUCUAUCCAACAACAAAAUUCAUGGAGAGUUCCCGGAAUUCUUUAAAAUAGCAGAGAACCUCCAAUCACUAGAUCUAUCCAACAACCAAAUUCAUGGAGAGAUUCCGAAGUGGGUAGGGGGGACUUCCUUGGUUUUUUUGGAUCUUUCCUAUAACUAUCUUCAAGGACCAUUCCGAGUUCCAGCAUCAUCAUUAUCCACCUUCCUAAUCUCACACAAUAAACUAACAGGAGAAAUCCCUUCAUCAUCAAUUUGCAAUUCCAGUGCCCUAAUGUAUCUUGUUUUGUCGAAUAACAACUUAAGUGGUGUUAUUCCCCACUGUUUGGGAAAUGUCAGCAACCUCUUAGUUUUAGAUCUACGGUCGAAUGGCUUCCAUGGGGCUAUCCCAACAACAUUUGCAAAUGGAAGUAGGUUGAGAAGUCUUAGUUUAAAUGCAAAUCAUUUGCGAGGACCAGUGCCGCGAUCUUUCGCCAAUUGUAAACGCAUGGAAGUUCUAGAUCUUGGGAACAACGAUCUAUAUGGUGCAUUCCCUGACUGGCUGGAGUCUCUUCCAGAGUUGCAAGUUCUUGUCUUGAAAUCAAACAGAUUUCAUGGUCCUAUAGGCACUUCUAGAAUUGAAUCUCCUUUCCCUAAGCUUCGAAUUUUCGACAUUUCUCAUAACAACUUCAUUGGGCUUCUACCGGAACGAUAUUUCCUCAAUUUCAAAGCCAUAAUGAAUGUGGAUAAAUCGAAAAUGCCGUUGCGAUACAUGGGAGAUAGUAUUGGUCAUCAUUAUUCUGUAGAGUUGGUCCUGAAGGGGGUAUCAACUGAAUUAACAUAUAUCCUCACAGUCUUCACAACAAUCGACUUCUCAUACAACAAUUUCAAAGGAGAGAUUCCAAAUGGCAUUGGAAAGCUACAAGGACUUCGGUUGCUAAAUCUAUCUUGGAAUGGUCUUUCCGGUCAUCUUCCAUCAUUGCUAGGAAACAUUACAAUGUUGGAAUCGUUAGACCUCUCUUCGAACCAGUUCACCGGGGAGAUUCCAGGGGAACUCACAAGUCUGACAUUUCUUGCGGUCUUAAACCUUUCGGAAAACCAUCUAGUUGGUCUCAUACCUCAAGGAAAACAGUUUAAUACAUUUGAGAAUAACUCUUAUGUUGGGAAUUCGGGAUUGUGUGGAUUUCCGUUGUCAAAGAAAUGUGGAGAUAGUGAGGCACGACCACAGCCUCCACAACCGAUAUCCCAAGAUGAUAAUGAUGAUGAUUUUGCUAGUGGAUUUACUUGGAGGAUCGUGCUGAUGGGGUAUGGAUGCGGAUUUGUAACAGGAGCGACUAUGGGAUUUGCUAUGUUCUUGAUUGGAAGACUGAAAUGGUAUACGAGAAUAGUUGGAAGAGAUCGGCGCAGGAAGGUGGUAAGGAUAAAUCAGAUUGGUUGGGGAAGAAGUCAGCAAAGUUAGAUGCUGUUUUCCGGGAGGAAAUAAUAACUGGGGUGGCUUGCUAGAACGAGUACUACAAUAAUAUCAUGCCCUGUAUAAUACAUGUUUUAUAUAGUCUUCAAAUAACUUCUCGG